AUGGUGAUGCUGUUUCAGACAGAGAGCGCCACUGAGCAGCAGGAAUCUAAGAAGAGGAAGCUGAGCGCCUCGCAUCACAUGACGCCGCUUGUCACGAUCAGCGACACCAAUCACAGCGCGGCAAACACUGUCAUGAGCUUCACUACUGCAGUGAGAUGCUGGGAACUUCUCCAUGGUAACGACUGCCUCCGCAAGGACUUUACUCGUAUAUGCCAGAUAUGGAAGACGGACAAUUGGCACUGGCUGCAGACCUUCCAGGUGGAGUUAUUGAUGUAUGAGGGCAUGUAUACUGAAGCUAUUCAGAAACUACAACAAGAUGAAUCAACUACCUGGAGCAUCAGGUGUAAUCUACAGAAAGCCAGCUGCUACUACAUGUUGAACAACUAUGUGCAGUGCUCCAGCUGCACGGCUGAGAUUUUACAAACCUUAAACUCUACUCAGGAACAACAACAACAAGUUCAACGGUCUAACCGCUCACAGACCACCAACAUGCUCUCUCAACCUGGACCCCGGCGCCAUCUACAUUUGUUAAUCACAAGUAGACAGAACGUGCUGGACUACUGCGUGCUCCUGCUCACAACCUGCCUCAAGAAGAGACUGUACGGUAGCUCCACCUGUGGGCAGCAAAGCGAUGCUCUUCUCAGCAGCACGCUGGUGAUGCUUCAGUGGAACUGGCCGAUGGAAGCUGACACGUUCAUCUAUAUCAUUGACUGCAUCGUGCAGCGAGCGUGCUUCACGUACAAACUAUUCCUCAAUUACGUGACAAACGUUGAUGUGCUGGAGGAAUUUGCAUUUCUCUGGAAACACCAUCCUAACGUCGUCAUCGAUCUGCUACCGAUCAGUCAGGCGGAGAUUGCAAGCAAGCGUGCGCUCACACGCGGAGUCAAGCAGAAUGCCAGCGAAGACUUUAAACAGGCGAUGAUCAAGCAGGUGGCGUCACCUUGUCGCGACAUUGAGAAGCUUGUACAGAUGUUCAUCAUAUCGGAAUUGGAGACGUUGCAACGAGCGUUGAUGUGA